AGGUAGGUGAGUCUCUCCGGCGGGGGGAGGGGAGGGCAGUUACCGCCUCUCUCUAGGGUGGGGGUGGGGUAAUUACCCCCCUUCCUGUGUGGGGGGAGGGGUAGUUAUUGUCCCUGCCUCUGUGGGGGAAGAGGGGUUCCCCCCGCAUCUUGGAGGAGGUGGGCGGGCUCUUCCCCAUCUCCAUGAACGAGUGGGUGUGGGUGUGGGUGUGGGAGGGGGGGAUCUCCCAACCCCCUGUGUCUUGGUGGCAUUGGGGGUGGCCUGGGUGGAAGACCCUGGCUUACCCCACUGUUAGGAGUGAAGGGAUCCCAGCGUGGUGCUGUUGAUAGCAGGGGCUCCUGGGUGGAGGAGAAACACUGGCAGCCAGCCCCAGGGUAGCCCCUGACAGUGACACCUCCGGGGGACCCCUCUGGUACUCGGGUGACCGUCACGGCGCCAAGGUCGCUGAUCGCGUACAGAAAAAAUACUCUUUUCUGACAGCAUCUAAGACUCGCCAGCGUUGAUCCAAGGCACAGCAAUCUAUGAAUAGGCUUGCAACAGGCCAGUGGUGUCUUGGAGGUCUUCCAGGGCAUAAUGGAUUUGGCAUAUGUCUGUGAGUGGGAGAAAAGGCCUAAAAGCAACCACUGUCCUUCCAUCCCACUGGUGUGUGCUUGGUCCUGCAGGAACCUGAUUGCUUUCACAACAGACCUCAAAAAUGAGGAGGAAAAAGAUCUUACCCACAUGAUCCAUAUCCUGGACACUGAGCAUCCAUGGGAUGUUUAUUCCAUUAACUCUGGGCACAUUGAAAUCAUCACCUGUUUGGAAUGGGAUCAGUCAGGUUCCAGGCUCCUGUCAGCAGAUGCAGAUGGACACAUCAAGUGCUGGAGCAUGACAGAUCACCUGGCCAACAGCUGGGAGAACACUGUGGGCAGCAUGGUGGAGGGAGAUCCAAUCGUGGCUCUUUCCUGGUUGCACAAUGGGGUGAAGCUAGCCCUGCACGUGGAAAAGUCCGGCGCAUCGAACUUUGGCGAGAAGUUUUCCCGGGUCAAGUUCUCUCCCUCCCUGACUCUGUUUGGUGGGAAGCCCAUGGAAGGCUGGAUCGCUGUGACCAUUAGCGGUCUGGUGACAGUCUCUCUCCUCAAGCCCAACGGGCAAGUGCUAACAUCCACGGAGAGCCUGUGCCGUCUGCGCUGCCGUGUUGCCCUGGCGGACAUUGCCUUCACGGGUGGGGGAAACAUCGUGGUAGCCACCUCGGAUGGCAGCAGCACCUCUCCCGUCCAGUUUUACAAGGUCUGCGUCAGCGUAGUGAAUGAGAAAUGCAAAAUUGACACAGAGAUUCUGCCCUCCCUUUUCAUGCGGUGCACCACAGACCCAGCCCGCAAGGACAAGUAUCCGGCAAUCACUCACUUGAAAUUCCUCGCCAGGGACAUGUCAGAGCAGGUGCUGCUCUGUGCCUCCAACCAGAACAGCAGCAUCGUGGAGUGCUGGUCUCUCCGGAAAGAGGGCUUGCCAGUCAAUAACAUCUUCCAGCAGAUCUCUCCCGUGGUUGGAGACAAGCAGCCGAUGAUACUGAAAUGGCGGAUUCUCUCCGCCACCAAUGAUUUGGAUCGCGUUUCAGCUGUGGCUUUGCCGAAACUGCCAAUCUCCCUAACCAAUACUGAUCUGAAGGUGGCCAAUGACACCAAAUUCUUCCCUGGACUGGGUCUUGCUUUGGCCUUCCAUGAUGGUAGCGUCCACAUAGUUCAUCGCCUGUCCUUGCAGACCAUGGCAGUGUUCUAUGGUUCUUCCUCUCAGCGCCCAGUGGAUGAGCAGGCGAUCAAAAGGCAGCGGGCCGCCGGUCCUUUGGUUCAUUUCAAAGCCAUGCAGCUCUCCUGGACUUCACUGGCCCUGGUUGGGAUUGAUAACCAUGGCAAGCUGAGCAUGCUCCGGAUAUCUCCCUCCAUGGGCCAUGUGCUGGACAUGAACAUGUCUCUCCGCCACUUGCUGUUCCUGCUGGAAUACUGCAUGGUGACGGGGUACGACUGGUGGGAUAUCCUGCUCCAUGUUCAGCCCAACAUGGUGCAGAACCUGGUGGAGAAGCUGCAUGAGGAGUACAUGCGCCAGAAUGCAGCCCUGCAGCAGGUUCUCUCCACACGCAUCGUUGCCAUGAAGGCCUCUCUCUGCAAGCUUUCCUCCAACACUGUUGCACGCGUGUGUGACUAUCACGCCAAGCUAUUUCUGAUCGCCAUCAGCUGCACCUUGAAAUCACUGCUCCGCCCGCACUUCCUGAACACUCCAGACAAGAGCCCCGGUGACCGGCUCACCGAGAUCUGCUCCAAGAUUACGGACAUAGACAUUGACAAAGUGAUGAUUAACCUGAAGACCGAGGAGUUUGUCCUGGAGAUGACUACCCUGCAGUCCCUGCAGCAGCUCAUCCAGUGGGUGGGAGACUUUGUGCUCUAUCUGCUUGCCAGCCUCCCUAAUCAGGGAUCCCCUGUGCGGCCAGGGCACAGCUUCCUGCGAGACGGGGCAUCACUGGGGAUGCUUAGAGAGCUCAUGGUGGUGAUCCGGAUCUGGGGCUUGUUGAAGCCAAGCUGCCUCCCUGUUUACACGGCAACCUCAGAUACCCAGGACAGCAUGUCCCUACUCUUCAGGCUGUUGACUAAACUCUGGCUGUGCUGUCGUGACGAAACUCACCCGAGCGAGCCAGACGAUACCCUGAUUGAUGAGUGUUGCCUUCUCCCCAGCCAGUUGCUUAUUCCCAAUGUAGACUGGUUACCCAUCAAUAACGGCAUUAUCAGUAAGCUGCAGAACAAGCAGCUCAUCAGGCUGCAGUUCGGGAAGGCCCCUGGACUCAUUGGUCACACUGUUUCAUCGCAGUUCGAUGUCUUUGUCAGGGCACCUGGGCAGCCAAAAAUUGACCACUUGAGACGGCUUCACUUAGGGGCAUAUCCAACAGAGGAGUGCAAGUCAUGUACCCGAUGUGGCUGCGUAACCAUGCUGAAAUCACCCAACAAAACCACAGCAGUGAAACAGUGGGAGCAGCGUUGGAUCAAAAACUGCCUCUGUGGGGGACUUUGGAGGAGAAUGCCACUCAGCUACUCAUGAAAUCUCCUCUUGCAGGGGGAAAAGGGAACAAUGUGCACUAGGUGGGGGAACAGCUUAGAGCAGCCUUCCCAUUUUAGAAACCUCUGGGAAUUCGGACCAGAGUCAGCCCUCUGAAACCUUAAGACGAGUACACAAUGCUCUUCCUUAUCUGGCCAUCACAAAGGAACCACUCAGUGCUGCCCAAGAGUAGGUAGAUACUCAUCCUUCCUUGUUUUGCCUGCAUUGAUUUUGUUUUCUUUGAGCUCUAAGCUGAAAGGAAAAGAUAGAAUUAUCUUUAUCUUUAUUUUACCCUUUAUAAAUCACUUUGAUCCUCUAGUGAAAGGCUUUUUAUCAGUGUAAAGUAUCAAUAUUUUAGUGAUUGAGAGCAUUUCUCCCUGUUUCAGAGGAACAGAGAAAGUGACAAAAGGACAUUACUGCCCUGGGAUGAUACAAGCAGUAGGGGUGUCCUUGAACUAGCAGCUGUAUUGUAAAUAACGAUUCUCUUAAUUUUGUACAAAAAGUUUUGGUAAAAUUUCUUUAAAUCUUCAGAAA